CUCAACAAGCACAAGACACAGUUUGCUACAGGUUGCUACAACAUCCAGAGAUCGGAGUGCAGAUCAAAGCGGUGCGUGUUGCAAGUCCGGAACUAUUCGUUCCCGUAUCUGGUAGUCCGUAUUGCAUUUUUCAUAGUAGUAUGCUCGAGCAGUGCAGAGUGAAGGGGUGAAAAAUAGUAAAUUCGGUUCCGAACCCGUGCAGUAGAUACAAGAUCAAACAAAUGGCAUCUAUUACAGUGUUUGCCACCGUGCUAACACUCCUGCUAGUGCAGUGCGUCACCAUCCGGGGCAAUCCCGUGCCGGCCAAAAUACUCGGGAAGUAUGUGCUGGCGUAUCAAUCGCCUGGGGCUAACCUGCACCUAAACCCGCACGACGAUCCGGACGAGAUAAACGAACUGUCCAAUGGGAUUGAGAGUGGCGAAAGUGGGGCAGAGUAUGCGAGACCACAGUCGGCACCCAACAAACACUAUCACUAUCGGCCCCAGUAUCGGCCGGCACCGGAACACGACCAGUACGACGACAACGAGGAACAGGACCAGCAGGACCAACAGGACCAAGAGCAGCAGCAGCAAGAGUCGUCAGACUAUGCAGAAGAUUCGGCUACGGCAGGCGCUACCCAUCAGUACAUGACGACGUACAAAACGUCCACCAAACAUGGCGGCGGAACACGGUACCGGCCCAGUUACUCGGAGUCGGAGGAGGAAGACGAUGAAGAUACGAGCACUAGCGAAGAAUCGAACGCUUACAAUGCGUAUCGUGCGUACCAGGGCAAGGGCAGCAAGAAACCGCAAACCCAUCAUGCUGGCAGCUCGGCCGCUUCGUCGGGUUUGGGCAGCAAUCGUUACCAUCAGCAUUACGUUCAACAUCAACACCGUCCAAAGCAUCAGGAGCAACACCAGCAGCAGCAGCAGCAGCAGCAGCAGCAUCACCAUCAUCAUCAUCGUCAGCAGCAGCAGCAACAGUCCUCCUAUCAUCACCAUCACGUACCGUCCGCUCAUACCUCGUACCAUCCGCAGCUGAUCCAGGCGUACAAGAUCCUGCACGGUACGCCGAACCAGCUGCCCACCUCGCACGAGUACACCGACGAUGAAGACGGUAGCGAGGAGUUCGACGAGGAGGACGAGGACUUCCACAGCGGGGCAGCGAUCGGGGCCGCCGCCGGACUCACGUCCGGCUACGGUGCCACCGGGUCCGCCGCGCACCAAAUCAUCCACACCAAGGGACGUGCGGUACCGAUCAGCCAGCACGUGGAGAUAGAAACGCCCGUGCCGGUACCGUACGUGAAGAAGAUUCACGUACCGAUCCCGCAGGAAGUGCGCAUCAAGAUCCCCCACCCGGUGUUGGUGCCCGUGCCGCGCCCCUACCCGGUGCACAUACCCGUCGCGCAACCGAUCGCCGUGCCAGACAUAAAGGAAAUUACGGUACCGAUCGAGAAGAUCGUCCCGUACCCGGUGGAGAAGAAGAUUCCCGUGCCGAUCGAGAAACCGGUACCGUACCCGGUCGAGAAGCACGUGCCAGUCUAUCUGCCCCACCCGAUCCCGGUGAAGGUGCCGAUCGUGAAGACGAUCAUCCACAAGGUGAAGCAGCAGACGGCCAGCGGGCCACCGCUACCGCCGCCCGGGCAUGGGGCCGGCAGUUCCUUCUGGUAGUAAGGUUUAGGGCUUUGAGGAAGCCAGCGAUUCCAAUGCAAAGGUAUCGAUGUCGGUGGGAACAUACAUUUAUAAGCCUGUAUUCGUGAGUGCGUGUGCGUGUGUGUGUGUGCCCAACGAAGCAUGCAAAACCGCAUCCAGUGGCGAACAUGGCCCGACUAGCCCGGCAUGCGAUUUCCAACGUCCGUCUUCCGCUACGCAUUGGGUGUUACAUUUUAAGGCUGCAAAAGGGGGAGUGAAAAGUGGUUGUUUUGCCUUCCCUUUUUUUCUUUCUUUUGGCAACAGUGACCAACGCAUGAUUGCAUAAUUUCCAGCUACGAUACCCGCUCAUUUGUAUCGUGCCAAUUAUCGUUACUCGUGUUGUUUUAAGCUGCCAACUAUGUUUUUUGUAUGUUUCAUACUCUUAUCAAGCCCUAAUUAGUAUCUUCUUUUUUCUCAUUUGCUUUCUGCAUUCGCCAUACCAGUACACACACUGGUCGUUUGCCAUACAAUGUUGUUCGGGCAGUUGUUAGUGAAUGUUUUGUUUCGGCUAGCCUUUUUAGCUUGGCUUCCUUCCUACUUGGCAGCGUGAAUUAUCGUACCGGGAGUAGUUUUUUAGAUAUGUUUUUCAUUAUUUUACCACAACCAUGACGACACUGUGUGUGUGUGUGUUUGUGUUUUACGUGUCAAGCGCAAAACGUUUACUAAAAGCCAUUUUAACCGAACGUUCAUCGUAAGCUGUUACCAGUUACAAGCAGCAGCAUUGAAUCAACUAAAAUCUUUCGUUUUCCGAGAGAUUGCAUUGAUGUUUAUUUAUUUGUUUGUUUGCUGCUCGCUUAAGUGGUGUAGUUUAAUCGUUUGUGCUUCAGUUUUUUUUUGUGUAAAAAAUUUGAAAAAUUUAUUUUAUUUUUUUCAACCCGUUUGCCAGAGCCUGUCAUUAAUGUUAUGCAUCCUCGCUGGUAUUGUUAUUAGGUUUGUAGUUAAUUUUAGCAGCGCGCGCUCAAACAUAUUCAUUCAAUACAGGGUUUCCCACGAUUUAUUGGUUGGUUCCCAUCAAUUUUUGGUGGGUUCCCAUAUUUUUUGGUGCGUUCCCACG